AUGGUGGAGAAGGCUGACAUGAGCUCUACUCUCUUUCGUUCUCUCUCUCCCCAGGCUCAAAGAGAUGAAGGAGUUGGAAUCUCCGCUCUCCGCCUCGCCGGAUCUCGGCGAUGGAUCUCCGGCCGGGGACCUUCGGCUUCCCCGGCGGAGCCGAUCCUUCCGCUCCACCGCCGACUGCCCACGCUCCACCUCCCGCCUCUCUUCCUCCGCCGUGCCCUUCUCCUGGGAGCAGCGCCCUGGGAUCCCCAAAAUCCCCGGCAACCCCAAGUCCCGUCCUACCGAUCCCAUCCUCCCACUCCCUCCCCCCUCCGAUCCUCCUCCUCCUCCUCCUCCGAGAGCUUCCAGAAGAAGCGAUCCGACGCCCGGCCCGCUGCCGACCCAUUCGUCGCGGCCCUCGCGGAGUGCGCCAAGGAGCCCUCGCCGCCGUCCGAUGGAGCGGCCGAGAUGGGGAUGGAGAAGCUCUGGCGGCGGGGCGGAAAGGUCACGGACCUGCGGCGGGGAGCUGCGGCGGCGGUCUGGUCGAUAUCCGACCGGUUCAGGAUCUUCGGCUUGGUCGGGUGGUGCAAGAGUGGGAGGUGCUCCGUCGCCGACUCCACGGUUUGCGUCCCCCGGUCCAGCCUCCGGAACUGCAACGCCUACGGGCGCUUGAACCGCCGGGCCGCCUGACCUCGCUGCCCGGUCCAAGGAAAGGUUCCAUACUGAAUACUAUACAAUAAAUCUAGGUAAUGGAUAAAUCUGUUUACGUCUGUGAGAAUAAUGAUGGUUAUUUGCUUUUUUUUUUAACUUCCGUAUAAUUAAAAUAAAUUAAGUUGGACACGAGGACUGAGUUGGCCCUCUACAAUUGGCAAUGGGGAAUUAUGAAGUGGGAUUGGAAUCA